AUGGCCACCUUCGUUGCUAGUGUGCUCCACCCAGCGGCGCCGAAGUUGCUGCUGUGCCUCCUCGCAGUGGCCGUCCUCCUGGGACCUGUGGAGCCGGCCAUCAGCUGCGGGGCGGUGGCCAGCUACAUGGCCCCCUGCGUGAGCUACGUGACCAUCGGGGGCCCCGUUCCGGCGUCGUGCUGCGGCGGGGUGCGGGCGCUGAGCGCUGCCGCCGGCACCGUAGCCGACCGCCGGCAGGCCUGCAGCUGCCUGAAGUCAGCUGCGUCGGCGAUUGCGGGGUUCCAGCCGGCGCUCGCCGCUGGACUCCCCACCAGGUGCGGCGUCUCAGUUCCUUACCAGAUCAGCCCCUCCGUCGACUGCUCCAAGUAA